UCUUAUCCGGGUUAGUUUGUGUCCUGUGUGCUUAGCUGUUAAAUUUACAUGUAUAUUUCUGUGCGAGAAACAUCCAUGGGAAUGUUACCUUAGCACAAAGGGGAGCUUUUUUCCCGAAGGAUCUGCAAGUUUACUCAAUGCUUAUGUAUUUCGCGAUCGGUUGAUGUUUUCUCGCGGGGAGCCCCCAGGGUUGCUGUCAAGAUAGACCCCCGACAGCACGCGGCCUCCAGCAACCUCCUGAGCGAGCUCAGCCUCCUGCCGGAUAAGACUGCCCACAAGCUCCCGCUGUGUCUGCCCGGCGCUAAGCCCAGCAACCUCCACAGGGCCCUCAGCCAACCGCUGGGGCAGGACAGUAUCGCCAUGGACACAGAGUCAACCUACUCUGGGUACUCCUACUACUCUGGUCGCUCCAGAAGCUCCCACAGGCAUGGGGAGCGCAGCCGAGAUCGCCACAAGUCCCGCAGCAAGGACAGCAGCCGCUCAGAGAAGUCAGUCACCAUCAACGCCCCACCCGCAGAACCGCUCCUGGGGGACCAGUCCGCGCCCCGAGAGGAGGUCCAGGAUGACAACUGGGGUGAGACGACGACAGCGGUCACGGGGACGUCGGAGCACAGCCUCUCCCAGGAGGACAUCGUACGCAUCACCAAGGAUGCGGAGGAUGGUGUGGGGCCGGACUGCCGGCGUUACCUGGGCCUGACGCUGGCGUCGGUGCUGGGCCUGCUGGUCUUCCUCACGCCACUGGCCUUCCUGGUGCUGCCGCACCUGCUGUGGCCCGAGCGGCUCAAGGCCUGCGGCACGGCCUGCGAGGGCCUCUUUAUCUCGGUGGCCUUCAAGCUGCUCAUCCUGCUGCUGGCCGUCUGGGCACUGUUCUUCCGCCCGCCCCGCGCCGGCCUGCCCCGCGUCUUCGUCUUCCGCGCCCUGCUCAUGGUGCUGGUGCUGCUCUUCGUCCUCUCCUACUGGCUCUUUUACGGGGUCCGCAUCCUGGACUCGCAGGAUGAAGACUACCAGGGCAUCGUGCAGUACGCCGUGUCUCUGGUGGAUGCCCUGCUUUUCAUCCACUACCUGGCCAUCGUCCUGCUGGAGCUCCGGCAGCUGCAGGCUGCCUUCUCUGUCUGCGUCACCCGCUCCACCGACGGGGAGAUGCGCCACUACAACCUGGGACAGCUCAGUAUUCAGCGAGCUGCCCUGGCCAUCUUGGAGAAGUACUACAGGGACUUCCCCGUCCACAACCCAGCCCUGCUGACCGCCUCCAAAUCCCGCGCAGCCAAACAUCUGGCCGGGCUCAAGGUCUACAACGUGGACGGCCCGGGGAGUAACGGCGCGGGUCAGUCGCGGGCCAUGAUCGCGGCCGCCGCACGCCGCAGGGACAGCAGCCACAACGAGCUGUACUACGAGGAGGCGGACCACGAGAGGCGCGUCCGGAAACGGAGGGCCAGGCUGGUGGUGGCGGUGGAGGAGGCCUUCACGCACAUCAAGCGCAUGCAGGAGGAGGACCAGAAGAAGGCCCCCGCCGAGGUGAUGGACCCGCGGGAGGCCGCCCAGGCCAUCUUCCCCUCCAUGGCGCGCGCCCUGCAGAAAUACCUCCGCACCACCAGGCAGCAGCACUGCCACACCAUGGAGAGCAUCCAGCAGCACCUGGCCUUCUGCAUCACCAACAACAUGACGCCCAAGGCCUUCCUGGAGAGCUACCUGACCCCCGGCCCCACACUGCAGUACGGGAAGGAACGCUGGCUGGCCAGGCAGUGGACGCUGGUCAGUGAAGCUGCUGUCACCAGCGGCCUGAAGGAGGGCUCUGUCUUCCUGCUCAAGUGCAUAGACUUUAGCCUGGUGGUCACCGUCAAGAGGAUCCCCUACAUCAAGAUGUCCGAAGAGUUCAUCGACCCCAAGUCCCACAAGUUUGUCCUCCGGCUGCAGUCAGAGACCUCUGUGUAG